GAUCUGCAGGCACUGGAGCCGCAGCUGGCGCGGGAGCUGCCGUCGGAGUCUGAGCCGCGGCCGCUGCUGCAGCCGCCACCUCCAGGCAGCGAACCCGGCCCUUUGGUCGCCCCUCGCAGACCUCCCCCCGCCCCAGCCCUCGGGCCGCGGAGGGGAGCAGCAAGAAGGCGGGCGCACACCCGGGUCUCCAGUGAGCCCGUAGCCAGGGCCCCCGCGGGUGGGCAGAGUCGCCGCGCGCCCCCGGCUGACAGCGGCCGCGGGAGCGGGGAUCGGCGGGGCCGUCGCGGCUGCAGCACCUGCGGAGCGCCGGGGGGCUGCCGGGGGACCCGGCCCGGGCGGAGGCGCUGGCUGGCUCCCGCUGGGCCACCUCCCCUUCGCUGCAGCCGUCGGUGGAAGAUGUCUCAGGAGAGGCCUAAGUUCUACCGGCAGGAGCUGAACAAGACCAUCUGGGAGGUGCCCGAGCGCUACCAGAACCUGUCCCCGGUAGGCUCAGGCGCCUAUGGGUCCGUGUGUGCCGCUUUUGACAAAAAAACAGGAUUACGUGUAGCAGUGAAGAAGUUAUCCAGACCAUUUCAGUCCAUCAUCCAUGCAAAAAGGACUUACAGGGAAUUGAGGUUACUUAAACAUAUGAAACAUGAAAAUGUGAUUGGCCUGUUAGAUGUUUUCACACCAGCAAAGUCUCUGGAGGAAUUCAAUGAUGUGUAUCUGGUGACACAUCUCAUGGGGGCGGAUCUGAACAAUAUUGUGAAAUGUCAAAAGCUCACUGAUGACCAUGUACAGUUCCUUAUCUACCAGAUUCUCCGGGGCCUAAAGUAUAUUCAUUCAGCUGACAUUAUACACAGAGACCUGAAACCUAGUAACUUAGCUGUGAAUGAAGACUGUGAGCUUAAGAUCCUAGAUUUUGGACUGGCCCGGCACACAGAUGAUGAAAUGACAGGCUACGUGGCCACCAGGUGGUACAGGGCUCCUGAAAUCAUGCUGAACUGGAUGCAUUACAACCAAACAGUUGAUAUUUGGUCAGUGGGAUGCAUAAUGGCGGAGCUGUUGACUGGAAGGACACUGUUUCCGGGUACAGACCAUAUUAACCAGCUUCAGCAGAUCAUGCGCCUGACGGGGACACCCCCUGCCUAUCUCAUUAACAGGAUGCCCAGUCAUGAGGCAAGAAAUUAUAUUCAAUCUUUGACCCAGAUGCCGAAGAUGAACUUUGCAAAUGUGUUUAUUGGUGCCAAUCCGUUGGCUGUUGAUCUGCUAGAGAAGAUGCUUGUGUUGGACUCAGAUAAGAGAAUUACAGCAGCUCAAGCCCUUGCCCAUGGCUACUUUGCCCAGUACCAUGAUCCUGAUGAUGAACCAGUUGCAGACCCCUAUGACCAGUCCUUUGAAAGCAGGGAUCUCCUGAUAGAUGAAUGGAAAAGCCUGACCUACGAUGAAGUUAUUAGCUUUGUGCCACCACCCCUCGACCAAGAAGAGAUGGAGUCCUGAAAACCUGGUUUCUGUUCUGUUGAUCGCAUGUCACUGUGAGGGAAAGGCCUUUUCAUGGGAACUCUCCAAAAUACCAUUCAAGUGCCUCUUGUUGCAAAGAUUCUCCAUGGUAGAAGGGUGUGUGUGCGUGUGUGUGCGCGUGUGCGUGUUUGCCUGUAUACAUGUGCGGCGAGCUGAGCGAGAGAAGUGUGAGGGAGCUAUUUAUAUGGUGACUUUCUGUAAACAUAGCCUCUGCUUCAGUCCCUCUGGGGAAAAUUCAAUCCAGGCGUCUUGGUUGCCAUGUUGCUGGGGUGUAGUAGAUGUGAAGCCAAAAAAAUCCACAAACAUCCCAGAUCCUGGGCUUACUUGUCACCGCCAUUAUCUGGGCUCUUCUACGAAGCAACUGGAAAGAUGGUGGUGAUGAUUUCUUGCUCGCCUGUAACAUCCCUCUCCUGGCUCCAUAGAGACAAAGGGGCCAGGGUUGUUUGGUUGGCUGCCCAAAAACCUGAAGCCUUUGUCCACAAUGUGUACAGCGGGAAGAACCAUCUCACGUCUGUACACUAACAUGUGGAAUGAUAGCCUGGCAUGGUCCUCACCCUGUGACAGGUUUGUGUGAAAUUGUAAAUAUGUUUGUGCCUUAUAUAUGAAGAGAGAAGAACAUUUGGGGAGUCGAGGGAACCUAGCAGACUGGUGUUUCUGAGCCACUUACGUGGAGGGGGCUUCAGGGGGGCCACACGUAUGUGAACCCAUUUAACAGGUGAGCCUUCAGAGGCAGCUUCGUGUAUGCAUGUGUGUGCGCGUGUGUGCGUGUCUCUUUCUUCCUGUAUUCAGUGUUGCCGUUUCUGUCUGCUCCUUCUCACCUUUGGCUCAGGGGCCUCCCAGAGUCGAAUGCAGGUUCUAGUCUGUGUGCAUCCUGUGUGCUCUUUAUUCCUAGCUUUUUGUGCAUGCAGAGCUGCUUGUCAAGUCCCUGGGACAGUGGGGGGAGGCCCUGGUGCAGAGCAGGUUGGGCAGUGAAGAGCUGAGCAAUCCAGUUCAGACCCCCUUUCACCUCAGCUGACUUGAUAGGAAAAGUCUCACCAGCCUUUGUCCUCGGUCUCCCAGUGCUAUUCAAUAUGUGUAUACUGGAUAUCAUCCUAGGUGCUUUAGAUGGGAAAACCAUAAUGAAGAAAUGGGAUUGAUGAGUGUAUCUCUUUUUUUCCUCAUCAUCAUGGUUUUCAAAGAGACUCUUUUGCUGGGCUCUGGUGGGCAAGGUCAGGACUUUUCCCAGGAUCAUCCCAGAUUUUGGAAAGUUGGAAGUUCUAUUCACACUCAGCCACCAGUUCUUAGAAAUACUGAAGAUCAAAACAAAGAAUAAAAGUGCAUGAGGCCAGAAACCCUUUUUUUCUGUCUCUUUCUAAAUACAGAGAAAUUUAUUGAGGUGUCUUUCUUUCUCUUGAGAAGGAUCUAUUGGCAGCUUGGCAUUACUCUUCUCUCGCCUAGAGAAAUAGGGAAAAGGGCUUGGGAGAAACAAAUUUCGUUUCAGUAUUGUCUGUAUUGCGGGGAUCCUUUGGGAAUGUGAUUCCUGUUUUUAGUGGGGAAGAAAGGCAGAUUAUUUCAAUAUGUUGAAUAUUCAACCUUCCCCUUCUGCAAUCCUCUCAUUAUUGGUAUGACGAAGAGUUGUUUUCAAAGUUUUGGAGAUUUUAUGCAUCUUGUGUUACUUGUGGGCCCACACAUUCAUGGCUCUUCUGGAGUGAAAAAGAGCAAAGCACAUGCAGAGAAUGAGAGUCAGGUGGGUUGGACCAGGUGGUUUGAGUUCAUCAUCUCAGUAGAGUGGAAUGCAGCCCAGAGGCCUGUGAGAGAAUCAGUCCCCUCUGAGUGACUGAGGGCUGGAGGGAGAGAGAAAGACAGCUUGACCGGGCUUCCCACACACCCCCUAGAGGAAGUUAACGAAAGAUGCCCUCCCUGCUCUCUCGGAUGUGAAGGUCAGCUCCUCACAGAAAAAUGUAAAUAUCUCCUCUGUUAUCCACAGCAAGAUGAAUUUUAUUAGCCAUUUUGGUGCAAAUGCUAGUGUAAUUUCCUACAGAAAUACUGCUCAGAUUUUUUUUAAUUAAGGUUUCUGCAUGUGUGCCCACAUGUGUUGAGAGACUGCAUGUCCCAGAAGCCUGGACUUUAACUGGACCUUGCUGGAGAGCUCCUUGGUUUCUGAGCAUCAAUGCUCCUAUCUCCCAGGUCCUCUGAAGAGGACACCCUGGGGUGAUAAAACAAGGGAGAGACUACUCUUUGAUUUGUAUCCAUGAACUUUUGCUGUAAUCAGUUCCACCAUAUAGGAUGUCACACAAUACCACUGGUUAAAAUAAAGCCUAUUUUUCAAGUUUAA